AUGAGCAACUUCGCCCCUCAGCACCCGACGGCGCCACUCGGCGGUCAGCCCGCCGGCGCUCGCGUCGACGCCGCCUCGGCGCCCCAGCUCGCCGACCAGCACCUUGCCCUCGCUUCUGCGCCGCCUCCGACGGCGGCUCAGGGCGCAGGGGACGGCCACUCGAGCAUCGACAACCUUCCUUACCCACUCCCGCUCCCUCCCGUCGGCAGCGCCAACGUCCACUCGUCGGCCCCGCCGCUCGCCCUCGGCUUCCCUCCUCCUCUCGCCGCGCCGCACCCUUUCGCCGCCGCGCCAGCCACUGCCGCCGCGACCGCCGCGCCCUACCCGUUCGGCAGCCCGGGUAUGUUCCCCUUGCCUCUGCCGCCCGCGGCGGCGGCGGCGCUGUUGUCGUCGGCCGGCGCCCUCCCGUACCCGCUGCCGCUCCCGGUCCCAGGCGCCGAGCCUCGCCAGGCGCCGGUGGCGGCGGCGCCUGUCGUCGCAGGCCCGAACACGAGUGUCGCGCCGGCGCCCACGGUCGACGCCGACGGCGACCACGGCAUGGUCGAGGCCGGCCUUCCGGUGCCGCCGCCGCCGCCGCCGGCCAGCCUCGACGCCGCGAGCGCCACCUACGCAUCCUUCACGCCCGUCGCCUCGGGCUCGGGCUCGGGCUCGAGCGCCGCACCUGUCGCCGACGGCGAGCCACAGCAGCAGGAGCAGCCGCAGCCGCAGACGGCCGCCCCCGUCGACGCGCACGGCCAGCCGGUCGCGCUCCCUGCCGGCCCGCCUCCUCGUCCGCCGCCGCCGCCGCUCCAGAACAAGGUCGGCGCGCCGACCAUCACGGCCCUGACGGGGCACGUGCCCAUCCCGUCGCACCUCCCGCGCCCGCGCGGCCGCAAGAUGCCCAAGAACAAGGCGCCAGCCGCCGCCGCCGCCGCCGACGCCGGUGCUGCGGCGGUCAAGGGCGAGGGCACGAGCGCCGACGCGGCGGCGGGCGCAGACGGAGGAGAAGGAGAAGGCGACGCGGCGGCGCCGCCGGCCAAGGCGCCGCCGAUGACGGCGGCGCAGCGCAAGCGCAAGAAGAAGAAGGAGGAGGAGGAGCGCAAGAGGAGGGCGAGCCGCGGUGGGUGGGGCGCGGUCAAGGGCAAGCAGGGCACGAGGCCCGAGACGUUCCUGCGCAAGAUGUGGAAGCUCCUCAACCACGACCCGGAGGACGUCACGCCCUACAUGCGCUGGGACAAGACGGGCCGCCUCAUCAUGAUCCCGGACGAGAAGGCCCUCGUCGAGAACGUCUGCAAGGUCCACUUCUCGCAGCAGAACAUCACGAGCUUCAACAAGCAGAUGAACAACUGGGACUUCAAGCGCCACUCGCGGUCGCAGCGCGACCUCGACAUCAUCGGCCGCACCGAGCCGGGCGUCAACCGCCAGACGCGCAUCUGGUACCACACGCAGCUCCACGCGCGUUCGACCUGGAGCGACGUCCAGAGCGUCGGCCGCCACGAGGACGGCAUGGCCAAGAAGCGCAAGGCGCAGACCGAGGCCGAGCUCAACGGCGGCAAGCGCCGGCGCCGCACCAAGAAGCAGAAGGUCGACGACGAGGCCGAGGAGGACGACGACGACGAGAGCGGGCCUGCCUCGACGAGCGCCGCCGGCGACAACGACGACGACGGUGCGCCCGAGGGCGAGACGUCGGCGGCUGCGGCGUCGCGCAUCUCGGCCUCGCUGCGCUCCAAGGCGCGCGACCCGAGCCAGCGCCCGUCGUACAAGCUGUACGACUCGAGCGACGAGUCGUCGUCCGACUCGAGCGACGACGACGACGCCGGCUCGGACGACUACAACGAGGAGGGCGGCGCUCGUCGUGCGUCCGACAGCGACGAGCUCGACGACCUGCCCGACGAGGAGGCCAAGGCGGGCCGUGCGCGUGCGGCCAAGACCGAGGCGGCGGCACCGGGCCCUGUCGACGCCACGCUUCAGGGCGACAACGUCGACGCCGAGAUGCUCGACACGCAGCGCACCGCCGCCAAGGGCAAGGCGCGCGCCUCGUCGUCCGCCGCCGCCGCCGCCGGCGACAAGGGCAAGGGCAAGGGCAAAGCCCGCGCCGCCUUGCCCACUCGUACGUCGCGCACGGUCCAGCAGGAGCAGCAGGAGGAGCAGGCGGGUGCGUCGAGCGAGGCGCUCCCCGGCCGCGGCGCGGCGAGCGGGGACGGCGAGGGCGUCGCGGCCGGUGGGCCUGAGCCGGCGUCGCUCGCGCCCGAGACGGGCCAGGCCGCCGAUGGCUCCAGCCUCGCGGUUGAGCCACGCACGACGCGCAUCAUGCGCGGCGCCCCGUCGCCGUUCGCCCAGGGCAACGACGCUGCCGCCGGAGGAGGCCGCUCGACGACCGGCCGUCCCUCGCUCACUCGCGCCGCCGCGGCCAAGCCCACCACAGCGCUCAACACGAGCCUGAACGGCGACUCGUCGAGGACCGACCGUGCAGCUCGUCGCGAGGUGCGCGAGGCGGAGCAUGCGGCGGCCGGCGUCGAGCAGGACGAGUCGACCCAGGCCGGCGAGCGUUCGCGCGGUCACAACGGUCGUGCAGGCGCCUCGACCACGUCGGGCCAGUCGGCUGCGACGGUCAAGAAGGGCAAGGGCCGCUCUCGCGGGUCGCAGCAGCAGGAGGAGGCGGCCGGCCCGUCGCGGGGCCACGACAUGCUGCGCGGCGGUGCGGGCUUCGGCGCCGGCGCCUCGGCCAACGGUACAUCGCACCAGGACGACUCGGCUGCGGCCUCGUCGAUGCCGCUGCAGCCGUCGUCGGGCACCGGCACGAGCUCGUCGGCGCACGUCUACACGCUGCCGCGCCCGCCUCACCUCGGCGCUGCCGCCGCGACUCUCGCUGCCGCGAGCGCCAUGAUGGACGGCUCUGCCUCGGCGUCGACGUCGGCCUCGGCCCAGCCGCACUCGCCGUCGGCCGCCUCGCACGCCUCGAGCCAGUUCAUCUACCCGGACGCGUCCAACCCGUACGGCUCGUCGCCGUACCCGGCCUACCCUCACCAGGCCCAGACGCCCGUCACCGUCCACCACCACCCGACGCGCCCGCUCCCCGGCCCGUACCACUCGGAGCCCGGCUUCGCCCGCACGGCCUUCUACUGCCACGGCGCGAGCCCGAUCCCGAGGCCGUUCAUCCACCCCGGCCACGGGCUCACCGACGAGCUGCUCGACCACGGCGAUGCGGCCGGCGUGUACGGCGAAGACGCCGUCAUGGGCGAUGGCACGCUUGCGGGCCGGCUCUAA